GGUACCAUUCGCCAUCGCCAUGACUUUGAUGCUGGAGCAGUAGCUGAGACUUUGAGGAAAGCCAUGAGUGGCUUUGGUACUGAUGAGAAAGCUAUCAUACACGUACUGGGGAACCACACAUGCAACCAAAGACUGGAGAUUGCCAAAGCUUACAAGACAGCCUAUGGGAAGGACCUGAUCGAUGAUCUGAAAUCGGAGCUAACCGGAGAUUUCGAGAAGGUCUGUGUUGCAUUGCUAACCCCACUGAGGGUACUAGAUGCUCGUGAACUUCAUGAUGCCAUCUGUGGGGCAGGGACAGACGAGACCACCAUUAUCGAAGUGUUGUGUACCAAGACUAAUGAAGAGAUCAAGCAAAUCAAGGAAGCCUACAAACAAGAGUACGGCAAUGACCUGGAGCAGGACUUGUGUGGGGACACAUCCGGGUACUUCCGCCGCCUGCUGGUGUCGUUGCUGGCAGCCGGUAGAGAAUCUAAUGAAGGCGACUGUGACAAGGACAGGGCUCGUGAGGAUGCCAAGAAAUUUUUUGAAGCUGGAGAAGCUAGAUGGGGUACAGAGGAAGCUGAGCUCAAUGCUAUUCUGUGCUUGAGAAGUCGUUCGCACCUCAUUGAGGUGUUCCGACAGUUCAAGAGCCUUGCUGGCAAGUCUAUCGAAGAAUCCAUCAAGAAUGAGUGCAGUGGAAGCUUGCAGACAGGGUACCUUGCCUUGGUUGAGAGCAUCCAGGACACACCAGGAUUCUUUGCAAAAUGUAUUAGAGAGUGUGUGGAAGGAAUCGGUACCAGUGAAGACCGUUUGACUAGAAUCAUUGUCACCAGAUCUGAAAUUGACAUGGAAGAGAUUGAACAUGCAUACAAAUCCAAGUAUGGGAAAAAGCUGAUCGAAGAAAUUGAGCAAGAGUGCGGUGGAGACUACAAGAAAAUGCUCAUUGCUUGUAUUAAACUGGAUGACUAG